AUGAAUUUGACCAAUUGCACAAGAGCCACUGAAUUUAUUCUUGUUGGAUUGCCAAGUGUUUUGGGACUGGAAAGUGUGAUGUAUGCCAGCAUCUUUCUGCUCUACAUCCUGAGUGUGAUGGGCAAUGGGCUCAUCGUUAUGAUAGUAAUCACAGAUCACCAUCUCCAAAAACCCAUGUAUUUCUUCCUUAGCAACCUUUCUAUCAAAGACAUUGGAUACACCACAGUCUUUAUACCCAAACUGUUGCUUAAUUAUCUCUCAGCUAAUAAUUCCAUCUGUUUUUCUUGCUGUGUAAUACAACUGUGCUUCUAUUUCCUUUUUGGAGUCACUGAAUUUUUUAUCAUCACUUUGAUAUCCUUGGAUCGAUAUGUAGCCAUUUGCUAUCCUUUGAGAUACACCAUCAUCAUGACCUCUAGAGUUUGCCUUAAACUGUCAAUAUCAGCCUGGUUUGGAGGAUUUUUCUCCAUAAUUUGCCAGGUAGUGAUGAUUGCAAACUUGCCCUACUGCACUUCCAACAUUAUCAAUCACUUCUAUUGUGAUGUUGGACCCGUGCUGAAGAUUGCCGGAGGAGACACACGUCUCAUUGAAGCCCUUGGCUUCCUUGUUGCUGUGGCUGUGAUUGCGUCCUCCCUGGUUUUUACCCUCAUUUCUUAUCUCUUCAUCCUGUACACUGUUCUUCGACUGCCUUCAACCUCCAGGCAGCAGAGGGCCUUUUCAACAUGUGCUUCACAUUUGGUUGUGGUCAGCCUUUUGUAUGGGUCAGUCUUUUUUGUCUACUUAAGACCGACUGUCAAAAAAUCUUCCUUUGGUGUGAUGAAGUCUAUUGCCGUACUGUACACUUUCAUCACCCCUGUGCUCAAUCCUUUCAUCUACAGCAUUAGGAACAAUGAAGUGAAAGAUUCUGUAUCGAAAAUGGUAGAAAAAAUGGUUGCAGGUCUCCGAAAUCUCUAA